CUUGGCAAAUGUUUGGUAAAAUAUUUCAUAGGAGUACCGGAAACUGGAUUGUAGUGAUGCAACAAUUGCAAAAAAAAGUAUGAGUCCAAGAAGUAUUGUUACCCGUGUCUCAACUGUACUCGUAUGUUAUUUGAUCGUGGAAAGGGCCUUGAAGGUAUUAUAAGGUAUUCUUAUUAUGUUCAAAGUAAAUUUGAGUUCAAUGGAAAAUUUGUUUAUGACCUUGUUCUUCAACAGGGGUAUAAAUUAUAUUCAAUGUGUACUAAUUCAACUGAGUGUGUAUUUAUCAAAGAGGGAGACUGUUUUUAUGUUAGGGAACUAAUUGUGAAAAUACCACAGAGAGAUGUUAUCACCAAUUAUGUUUCUAGCCGAAUGUUGUUUGAUCGAGGAAAAAUGUUUGAAACCUGGUUUUGGAAUUCCUUGUCGGAGUGUUUAGAUGGCUAUUAUUCAAAUAUAUAUCAGCAUCAGGCUUAUACGAGAGUUAUCGAAUGUUGGUUGGUUCUUAUGUGUGCUGGUAGGGAAGAAUGCUCUUAUUGUAUCCUUAUUUUUACUGGAAGAGUAAUUGAUAGAGGAAGGAUGUUUGGAUUGAGAAGGAGAUCUUCUUAUUAUGCAAGCAUCAGCUCAGCAUUUUGUGCUUUUAUUCUUACUUCUCGGAUAGUAGCUCUUAGUAUAUCGGUUCUAAGGUAUACUUAUGAUUGGAAAUUUUUAUAUGAAAUUAUUCUUAAACUUGGGUACUUACUCGAAUUUUUGUUUGCGAGUUUAAUGGUAAUUUUGAGUGCAGAAGAUGGUGGUAGUGGUGCUGCUAGAAAGCUGUCUUACAAAAUGCAGCUACAAUGUGAUAGUCUCCUGACCACUAACUUGAGUUUUCAGAUGUCAAGGCAAGAUUUGCAGCAUUAGCUUCUGAGUGCACAACUGUUGGUGGAUGAUUGCAACUCUCUUGUAUAUAUGAUCGUGGCCUGGAUGGUAUUCAUGAAGGUAGAGAAUCUCUCAAAAGACGGUGUUAUAAUUCUAGUGUGGACGCUGAUCAUUCUAAGGAAGUAUAAUUGUUUGGUUUUCUCAUCUCAGUUUGGCUUCACUGUGUUGUUUCUCGGAUUAUGAAGUAUGGGAAUUGGCAGUGGUUAUAUACUGAAUAUUGUUGAGUUUUAUCUGGAAGUACCUAGCUCUAUGCGCUGUGGGGGUAAUAGAUGGUGUUCCGAAUGGAAGGACUUACUUUUAUGAGUGGUGGGAAUCAUGGAGAUACUCAUAGUGUUGAAUGGCGAUGAGAGCAAAAUACAAGAGCUGUUGGAAGAAGGAAGGUCAUUUAGUGCUGGUGAUGAGAGUGGGAAAAUAUCAUCUUGUGCUUCAGGUCUAGCAAAAGCUAGUGGUGGAGAAGUUCAACCCUUAUGGGCCUGGGAAAUAACUGAAAUAUGGAUAGACAGUGCAAGUAUUAUUCAAGUCUAUAAAAUCGUGCUCUCUGAAGCUACUGUUAUUCAAGUCUACAGUUGGAAGAAGGAAGGUCAUUUAGUGCUGGUGAUGAGAGUGGGAAAAUAUCAGCUUGUGCUUCAGGUGUAGCAAGAGCUGGUGGUGGAGAAGUUCAACCCUUGUGGGCCUGGGAAAUAACUGAAAUCUGGAUAGACAGUGCAAGUGUUAUUCUAGUCUGAUAUUUUAAAAUUUGGAAAAAUAAACACAACACAGAGCAGUUUAUUGAUUGUUGUUGCAGUGGGAAUAAUGACCAAGUUUGUUCCUUACAGUUCACAAGCAGAUCAGUUGUGGUGGGCCUUGGUGUUAAAAAUGAGAAUGGUCGCAAUUCUUACUGUGCUCGAGAAGAAGCUACAACAACAGUGUUUUUCAUCCACCUUGCUUAUUUUCUACCUUCCAUCCUUGAGGAAAAGGAUAAUUUGGAGGAGUGGGUAUUUUUCAUGGACCUACAUGAGGCAGACCAUCCUGGUUAUGGGUAGGACCUAUCUAGUUAUGAGCCAGGUGCCGUUAGUAGUUCUAGUUAUUGUUAAUCAUGUGAGUGGCUCGUGUUGUGCACAAUAGUAGUGUGUCAUCCAGCCUUAUAUAUGGACUGUUG